UUUAUUCUCUUCUAAAGUUAAUAGAAUGUGCAUGGCUGUCCCUAGUGACUGUCCGGAUUCUAAAGAAGAAAAGUGCAACGUUCAAAAGCGGAUCAAAAUCGUGGGACAUGGCGCAAGGAAAUAAUUAUGGGCAAAGCAGCAAUGGGGUGGCUGAUGAAUCCCCAAACAUGCUGGUGUACAGAAAGAUGGAAGACGUCAUAGCCCGCAUGCAAGAUGAGAAAAAUGGGAUUCCUAUUCGUACAGUCAAAAGUUUUCUUUCCAAGAUCCCCAGUGUCUUUUCUGGUUCAGACAUUGUUCAAUGGUUAACGAAGAACUUAUCUAUAGAAGACCCAGUGGAAGCUCUACAUUUGGGAACACUGAUGGCAGCACAUGGCUAUUUCUUUCCAAUCUCAGACCAUGUUCUAACACUAAAGGAUGAUGGAACCUUUUAUCGAUUCCAGACACCCUAUUUUUGGCCAUCUAAUUGUUGGGAGCCGGAAAACACAGAUUAUGCGGUUUACCUCUGCAAGCGGACAAUGCAAAACAAAGCAAGGCUAGAGCUAGCAGACUAUGAAGCCGAGAGUUUGGCCAGGCUGCAGCGAGCAUUUGCUCGGAAAUGGGAGUUUAUAUUUAUGCAAGCUGAAGCACAAGCAAAAGUGGACAAGAAAAGAGACAAGAUAGAAAGGAAGAUUCUUGAUAGCCAGGAGCGAGCCUUCUGGGAUGUCCACAGGCCAGUGCCUGGAUGUGUAAACACUACUGAAGUGGAUAUAAAAAAGUCUUCAAGAAUGAGAAAUCCACAUAAAACGAGAAAGUCUGUCUAUGGCUUACAAAACGACAUCCGAAGUCACAGCCCUACCCACACACCAGUACCAGAGACUAAGCCACCCACGGAAGACGAACUGCAGCAAGAGAUUAAGCACUGGCAAAUGCAAUUAGACAGACAUCGAUUAAAAAUGUCAAAAGUUGCGGAGAGUUUAUUAGCUUAUACAGAGCAGUAUUUGGAAUAUGAUCCUUUUCUUGUGCCCCCUGAUCCCUCAAAUCCAUGGAUAUCAGAUGACACUACUUUCUGGGAACUGGAGGCAAGCAAAGAGCCAGGACAGCAGAGGGUAAAGCGAUGGGGAUUUGGCAUGGAUGAAGCUUUGAAAGACCCUGUGGGAAGAGAGCAGUUUCUUAAAUUCCUGGAGUCAGAAUUCAGUUCAGAAAAUUUAAGGUUCUGGUUAGCGGUAGAAGACCUGAAGAAGAGGCCUAUUCGUGAAGUUCCUGCUCGUGUCCAAGAAAUCUGGCAAGAAUUUCUUGCUCCGGGUGCACCCAGUGCCAUCAAUCUAGAUUCAAAAAGUUAUGACAAAACGACACAGAACGUGAAGGACCCUGGAAGAUACACAUUUGAAGAUGCUCAGGAGCACAUUUACAAACUGAUGAAAAGUGAUUCUUAUCCUCGUUUUAUACGAUCCAGUGCCUACCAGGAGCUGCUACAGGCCAAGAAAAAGGGCAGAAACAUCCCUAUUUUCCCAUGCCAUAAAAACUGUACACCAACACUGAGGGCGAGCACUAACCUGUUAUGAAAAGAGGGGAAAUCGCUCACAUCAAAGAGGUUAACCAGUCUAGUGCAGUCCUACUAAAAGGAUCACCUUGUAGCAUGGAAGCAGACUCAAAUCAUUACACAUACUUUGUAGCUCACUGAUUGCCUGAAUCAGAGGACAGUAGAACAAGAUGUUGCAUGAGCAAGGACCUGACUUGUUUUCUUUUGUGUAUACUAAGGCAUUACAGACUCCGAGGGACUCUCUAGCCUUUCGAUGCCUCCAUUUCGAAAACUGUCUGCUCACUUCCUCCUUCAUAUCAAGCUGGAUCUGUGUCUUUUUAUUUUCUGCAAGCUCAAGUACAGUGAAAAAAAAGCUUCUGCUAGACACAGUUUAUUUAAAAAAAAUACGUCAAUCAAAAACUGGAAGAAAUGUAAAAAAAUUGCAUAUAUUAAUAAAUAUACAUAUGGCAUCACAUUUAUUGCACAAUAAAUUAGCACAGAAGGUUUCAUUUCACUGAUGUAUUCACAUUGAGAAAGAAAGCCUGUGUCUUUGUCUGUUGUCUGUAUAUUCUCUGUUAAUGUUUCUUGCCUUUAUUUUUAUACCAUAUUUAAAAAAGAACACCUUUUACUCCAGAUGUAUUAAAGUUGAUCCUUUCUCUGUAAAUUUGUGUAUGUUUAUAUUGUUGUUUUAUCUUUCAUUAAAAGAUGCAGAAUCUCUUUCCUUUGGAAA